AUGGCGGGCCCUCAGUAUCAGACCCCGCCACAGGCGCCGCCCGUGUUUACGGCCACGCCAGACUCGAUCCUGGCCGACACCAAGAAGCUCAAUGAAACGACCAAGGGCGUUUACGACAAGGUGGUGGCCGAGGUGCAGCCUUCCAAUGCCACGUUUGCAAACGUCAUGGAGCCCAUCCUGCUCGACGACAACAAGGCGGCUGCUCCUAAGAGGAUCAUGACCUUCUACCAGCACGUCUCAGCGGAUGCUCCCCUCCGAGAAGCCUCCAACAAGGCCGAGGAGAUCCUCGACGACUUCAUGAUCGAUCUCAAGAUGCGAGAGGACAUCUUCAAGCUCGUCGAUGCCGCAUACGGCACCCGCGAGUCCCAGAAGCUCGAGACCGAGCCCCUGCAUGUGCUGGAGAAGGAGCGCCAAAAGUACAUCCGAAACGGUCUGCUGUUGCCCGCUGGCCCCCAGCGUGACCGGUUUAAAGAGAUCCAGAAGCGCCUCAGCCAGCUGUGCAUUCAGGCCCAGAAGAACCUGAACGAGGAAAAGGGUGCCAUCUGGUUCACCCCGAAGGAGCUCGAAGGCGUGCCUGCCGAUGACAUUGACGUCAACGAGCUGGAGAAGGGCACUGGCGAGAACGAGGGCAAGGUGAAGCUCAGCUUCAAGUACAACCACUUCUUCCCCAUGAUGAAGUAUGCCGUCCAUGAGGAGACUCGGCGCACCUAUGUCAUGGCCGAGGCGAACAAGUGUACCAACAACGUGCCCCUGUUCCAGGAGAUCAUCACUCUGCGCGACGAAGCCGCCCGCAUGCUUGGCUACGCCGACCACGCCAGCCUCCGCAUCGAGACGAAGAUGGCCAAGACCCCGGCCACGGUCAAUGAAUUCCUCGGCGACUUGCGCAAGCGUCUCGCGCCUGGUGGCGUCAAGGAGGCAGACCGUCUGCUCGAGUACAAGAAGGACGACUGCGAGAAGCGUGGCGCUUCGUUCGACGGCAGUCUCUACAUGUGGGAUGUACCCUACUACUCGCGUGUCAUGAAAGAAAAGGAGUACAGCGUCGACGAGGUCGAGAUCUCGCAGUACUUCCCCGUCGAGUCUACCUUUGCCGGCAUGCUCAAAAUUUUCGAGGAAAUCUUUGGAUUCGUCUUUGUCGAGCUAAAGGAAGAGGAUCGAGCCAGGCUAAGCCCUACUGGCAAGGCUGAGGACAUUGUGUGGCACGAGGAGGUCAAGGUGUACACUGUUUGGGACGACGAAGCGGCCGGCAGUGGUUUCUGCGGCUACCUGUACUUGGACCUGCACCCUCGCGACAACAAGUAUGGCCACAACGCCAACUUCAACCUCGAGCCCGGCUACAUCAGGAACGACGGCAGCAAGAACUACCCCGCUACGGCACUCGUGUGCAACUUUAGCAAGCCGUCGCCGACCAAGCCUGCUCUGCUCAAGCACCACGAGGUUGUUACGCUCUUCCACGAGCUCGGCCAUGGCAUCCAUGACCUGGCCGCCCGCACCCGAUACAGCUACUUCCACGGCACGUCUGUCGUCGAUGACUUUGUCGAGGCGCCAUCGCAGAUGCUUGAGAACUGGUGCUGGACCCCCAGCGUGCUCAAGUCCCUGUCGCGGAGAUGGGACACCAACGCCCCGAUCCCUGACGACAUGGUUGAGCGGCUUGUGAAGACAAAGAACUUCAACUCGGCGACUGCGACCCUCACGCAGCUUCUCUAUGGCCUCUUUGACAUGACCAUUCACACCCCCAAGUCCCACGACGAUAUCAAGACGAUGCAUGUCGGUCGUCUGUGGAACCAGCUCCGCCACGACAUUUCGGGCAUCAAGGGCCCCGAAGACCAGGGCAAGGGACUCGAAUGGGGCAACCGAUAUGCCAACAUUGGCCACUACAUCGGUGGCUAUGACGCCGGCUACUAUGGCUACCUCUACUCCGAGGUCUUCUCCACCGACAUGUUCCACUCCUUCUUCAAGAAGGACCCCAUGGACGGCAAGGAGGGCCGCAGGUACCGCCGGACUGUCCUUGAGAAGGGCGGCAGCAUGGACGAGAUGAAAUUUUUGAAGGAGUUCUUGGGCCGCGAACCCAGCACGGAAGCGUUUUACCGCGAGCUGGGCUUGUCCAAAUAA